CUGUACGGCAUAGCUUGAGCUAUGUCAACUUUGUGGAGUGCAGAAAUAAGAUCGUUCGCUCAACUACCUGAACAGGUUCCCAUUGGCGGAUAUUCCACAAAUCAAACAUGUUCCGGAUUUCAUUCGGCUUGCAGAUACUUCUUCUUCUAUCGCAUUAUUUGUUACUACAGCAUGCAGCCGGCCCCUUAGGACCGCUCUUUGAAACCAGCCUAUCUCUCGCGCAGAUCAUAACCGUUUUGCUUCCUUUGGACACAGUAUGUGAUGAAACUUCACAUAGGUAUCUGAGCAUGGGCCAACAUAGAUGGACGGCUGUUGGCCUUGUGAUCCAUCUUCGUGUACAUGGUUUAUUGUUUGAAAAAUGGUUGUUGUGUCCCAUUCACUGAGUGGUUUUAACUGACACUUCAAAAUCCGUGGAAUAGUUCAAACAAAU